GAGUGGAGGAUCUGGCGCUACUGUAAGCAGCUCCUCGAGGCCGCCGCCUCCUCCUCCUUCCUACACAAACACGGGCUGCGGGAAGAGCGGCAGCAGCCACAGUAGCAGCUGCAACAGCAAGCACACGUGUUCGCUCGGACACCAUGGAGUUCGAGGAGCUGGGAAUUCGGGAGGAAUGCGGCGUGUUCGGCUGCAUCGCCUCCGGGUCGUGGCCCACAGAGCUGGAUGUGCCUCAUGUGAUCACGCUUGGGUUGGUUGGGUUGCAGCACAGGGGCCAAGAGAGUGCUGGAAUUGUGACAAGUGAUGGCGAAUCAGCCCAUUCAUUCAAAAUGCACAAGGGGAUGGGUCUGGUUAAUCAUGUGUUCAGUGAAGACAGUCUGAAGAAGUUGUAUGUUUCAAAUCUUGGAAUUGGCCACACAAGGUACUCAACUUCAGGAGUCUCUGUCCUGGAUAACUGUCAACCAUUUGUUGUGGAAACUCUACAUGGGAAGAUCGCUGUUGCCCACAAUGGAGAGCUGACAAAUGCUGCACGUCUGAGGAGAAAGCUAAUGCGCCAUGGCGUAGGACUGUCCACCAGUUCUGACAGUGAACUAAUUACUCAGCUGCUGGCAUUCACUCCACCUUUAGAACAUGAUGACAUCCCAGACUGGGUUGCAAGGAUCAAAAACUUGAUGAAUGAAACACCCACCUCAUAUUCUCUUCUGAUUAUGCAUAAAGAUAUUAUCUAUGCAGUACGUGAUCCCUAUGGGAACCGACCACUCUGCAUUGGUCGUCUUGUUCCAGUAGGUGAUAUGAAUGGAAAAGGGAAAAAAUAUGCUGAAACUGAAGGAUGGGUAGUUUCCUCAGAAUCCUGCAGCUUUUUAUCUAUUGGUGCAGAGUAUUAUCGUGAAGUUAUGCCUGGAGAGAUUAUGAAAAUAUCCAGAUAUGAUGUCCAGACACUGGAUGUUGUACCAAGACCUGAAGGAGAUCCAUCAGCAUUCUGUAUUUUUGAAUAUGUGUAUUUUGCAAGGCCUGAUAGCAUCUUUGAAGGUCAAAUGGUUUAUUCUGUGAGAAGGAGAUGUGGUCAACAGCUUGCUAUUGAAGCCCCAGUGGAAGCAGAUUUGGUUAGCACUGUCCCAGAAUCUGCAACUCCAGCAGCCCUCGGCUAUGCACAAAAGUGCGGAUUACCGUAUAUUGAAGUAUUGUGCAAAAACAGAUAUGUAGGAAGAACUUUCAUUCAGCCAAACAUGAGAUUAAGGCAGCUUGGAGUGGCCAAAAAAUUUGGUGUCUUGUCAGACAAUUUCAAAGGGAAGCGUGUUGUCCUUAUUGAUGAUUCCAUUGUAAGAGGCAACACCAUUUCACCCAUAAUUAAAUUACUGAGAGAAUCUGGGGCUAAAGAGGUGCACAUUCGUGUGGCUUCGCCUCCAAUAAGAUUUCCUUGUUACAUGGGGAUAAACAUUCCAACAAAAGAAGAACUCAUUGCCAACAAGCCUGAAUUUCAUGACUUGGCAGGCUAUAUAGGAGCAGACAGCGUAGUUUAUCUCUCAGUAGAAGGACUGGUGUCAUCUGUGCAAGAAAGCAUCAAAGCAAGACAAGACAAUGAAAAUAGCCUAAAGACCAAUAAGUUCCGAGCUGGGAAAAUUGGUCACUGCAUAGCUUGCCUUGUUGGAGAAUAUCCUGUAGAGCUAGAGUGGUGAAUGUUGAGAAUGCAUUUCGCCCCUGAAUUAAAGUUUGGAACUGAUUACAUGUAUUGCACCCAUCAGCAUGUAGCAAAUUCACUACCAAGCGAGUUAUCAAACUCCUCACAUUUAGUUGCAACCUUGUUAGGGAUGGCAAGGACUAUAAGAAAGAGAACUUAAAAUAAGAUAAAAAUCAUGUAGUUGAAUAUUAGUGCUGUAACUUUGGGUGUUUUUGUUUUGUUUUUUUACCAAAGUAUCUUGAUUAUUUAGCUGGUCUAAUCUUUCAAAGAGAUUUGGAGCUCUUCUCAGGCUUUUAUUCACAACAUUGGUUCAUUGCAAACCAUAUUAUGAAAAGAGGUUGUCUUAAACCAUCUGAAAAUAUUAAGCAAUUCUCAGUGAGAGGAAAAUGUGAAACUUGGUUUUAUAUGAGUGCCAAAUAACUGCUUUCCUAGCUAUUAUUAUCCAGCUUGUUUGAGUUCUCUGAUCUGCAGAAUGAAAUAGGUGCCUGUAUGUUUGCUUACAUAACUAACAGGCCGUAUAAUCAGGCAGUGGUACUCAGGUAUUCAGGAGUACCAACAAUUUGGAAAAGAGUACACCAAAUGUUUGAAACAUACUCAAAUGAGUACCAUCUGAGGCCACCUUGCUAGCCUGCUCUCUCCUCCCUCCAGCUGCCCUCGCCACCGCUCCCUCACUGCAGCUGCUGCCACCCUUGCCUCUGCUCCCUUGCUGCCGCUUCCCAGCAGCUCUCCAAGCAUCUCAGAAGCAGAAAAGGCACGCUAUUGCCUGCUGACAGGAUCAAGACCUUUCCCCUUCUAAGCAGCUGGAGAACUGCUGGGAAUGGACAGCAUGCAAUCCAUUCCCAGAGGCUCCCCAGCUACUCCAAAGGGGAAAGGUCCCGUUCCUGUUGGCAGACGAUAACUGGGCCGUUUCUGCUUCUGAGAUGCCCAAAGAGCUGCUGGCAGGUAACAGCCAGGGAGCAGAGAAGAGGGUGGCAGGAGCUGCAGCCAGGGAUCAGUGGUGAAGGCAGACAGAGGGAAGAGGGAGCAGGCCAACGAGGCGGCCCUGUCUGCAGACAGGAAUGGGGCCUUUUCUGAGAGGCCCAGAGAGCUGCUGACAGUAAGGGCAGUAGGAGCAGCAGCCAGGGUGGCAAGAGCCGCCCAUGGUGAACGAAAGGCCACGCCACCAAUGUGGCAGAGGACGAAGAGCGAACAAGAUGCCAGACUUCUGUGAGUACCAAAGCAUUUCUGUUGGUGCUCACUUAAUACUCACCUAGCCUUGAAAAUCACGUGAGCCCCUGCCUAUAAUCAAGGUAUCCAUUUGCUUCCAAAGAGACUGAAUGUUAUGUUUAUACAAUACAGUACUGAGACUGGGAAACUCAGGGAAGUACUAAACCAAAACGCUGCAAUACAGGGGUGCCCGGCUGCAGCCUCCAGCUGUUUUUGGCCUACAACUCCCAUCAUCCCUGGCUACAGGCAACUGUGCCAGUGUAUGAUGGGAGUUGUUGGACAAAAACAGAUGGAGAGCUGCAGUUGGGCACCCCUGCUCUAAUACCUUGAGCCUUAAUUAUUUCAAAUCUGGCAAGUACACUGGUUCACAUACAGAGUAACAUUGUGCUCAAGGACAUAUAACCAGGGGACAGCAGAGGGAAGAGGGGACUAAUGAGCAUCAUUGCUCCCCACUUGCACAGCACAAUGUUAGUCUGUUUGCGAAUCGUUGUUCAUUAAAUGCUUUCAUUAAGGUUGUGCUCAUGAGCAGCCAACUGCAGGCUUGGGCAGCCAAGUCUGAGCCUGUGAGAAUCGCCGGAAUCCAUGUGGAUCCUGGUGCUGCCAUACUGCCAAACCUGGCUCUGUAGGCCAGCUGUUAGCCAGGGUUAAGGGCAUGAGUGUGCCCUUAACCCCAGUUCUUCAGUCAAGUGACUGGGCUGCUUGCAACCCGAACAGUCACAGAGAUGGGUGCCUAGAGCGCCUGUCUCAUGGGGGAAUCCCACAAUGCACAGCGCCAUUCACGCAGUGCAUUGUGGGAUUCCCAGAGGCUGAGAUGCAUUGUCUCAGCCUCUGGAAAGCUGUGCGGCUCCCAGGACAGCCGCUUAUGUGCGUGGCUGAGCCGCAUGGCCAGGAAGCAGCGAGAAGGGCAUGGAGAUCAUCAGGGAGGAAGGUAAGUUUUGUGCAGCCUUCCCCCACCCACCCUCAACUCACCCGCCCUGCCUCUGGUCGUGUGAAUACCCUUAUUGUAUGUCUAUGGGAUGUGACAGGGGAAAUUAGAUAGGUUAACCAUCUUGAGUGCUAUGAUUUAGACUGUAUGUGCUGACUUCCUCCAUUAUGUUCUUUCACAGUGAAUGUUUAACUGUAGUCUGAGUGAAUGUUUUUAUUGUAUUGUAAGCCUUCAAAGAAGACACAACCAAUGAAAAAUGAACAAGCAGACUUAUUCUAGUGGAGUAUUUCAACAAAUGUAAUGGUCUUAAUUUAAAAAAUAUAUAUUUUACUGCUCAUA